AUGAAAGAGGUUUGUGAAAUUAUACCAUCAAGAAAAGGAAAUGAUAAAAUUAAAGUUCAUGAAUAUUUGAUGGUAAAGGAUCUAAACUAUGAAAACAUAUUUUACUAUGCUGUAAAAAAUGAAAAUCAGAAGGAUGUAAAGGAUGUAUAUUGUGUUGAUCAUAACAAUGGACCUCAAGCAAAUAAUGCAGAAGUCGCGAAAAUUACCACUCAGAUAAAUCGUCAAGCCUUUGAAACAGGAAAUAAACCUGCAAAAAUAAUUCAAGAUAAUAUUAUUAGUAUGCCAAAGGAAAUUCAUUCUUAUAUUCCUUUAGUUAAUGCUUUUCGUAAAAUAAUUAGCUGUGUUAGAAGAUUGGAAAUACCAUCACAACCACAAAAUAUUUCUGAAGUUAACAUACAAGAAUCUCUUUAUCUUACUUUGAAUAGUAAUUUUUUCUUAUUUAAAGAUCAUAUAGUUAGUCAAGAAUAA